AUGGGUGAUGAGCCUUGUGGUAUACGUGGCUGCAGGGGCAAAAGCGGUCCAGCAGUCCUUUCUGCUGGCUUCUAUGUGCUGCGAUGCGAUGCCAAGGCAGCGCACAGAGCUUGGAAUCUCGGUGGUUGCUGGACCUGGUCCACUCGCAAGCCUGUGGGUGCAGUGCCAGAUGCUGUUUCUCAAGUGACGCAGGAGAGUAAGAAGGCGCCGCAAACGCCCGAGAGGACUGUGCCCGAGGCCUCCGAAGAUUUAGACAAACAGUCCCCCGCGUCAAGCUCCGCGUCAGCCAUGGAUCCCGUUGCAAUGACCAUCGCAUCCUGGUCCCAGACGGACCGUGCUCUCGAAGUGGCUCUCUUUCUGCGGUCCCAGCAGCCAGAUGAAUGGGAGAAGCUUCUCCGCUUGGCUGCGCAGCAUCGGUGCAAGGAUCGUCCAGCCGACAAGGACCAGUACACGCCGUGCAGCCGUCGACAUCGUUCAUUUGUGUGGAAGUACGUGCACCUGCGCAGGUCAACGAAUGGCGCCACAUGGUACUGCAACAGCUGCUGCAAGGAUUCAGACCCUGCAGACUUGCCACCCAAUUCAUUUGGAAAAUACACUGCUGGGAACACAACCAACAUAGCGGAACACCUGAAGACACUUGACCGCUUGCCUUUUCCCGAUGUUCGUUCCCUAGUCAGCAAGCUGUUUUCGUUUGGGCGGUUGGAGCAGAAUUUGUUUGGCCUGCUGAGGAAACAUGGCAUCCACCGACCACAGGAGGCCCCUUCCGCACCAGCCACCGAGAUACAAGGCCGUCCCUGGUCGGAGUCGGAGCUAGCCCAGGUUGUGGCCAAAGGGCUGGCGAUUGAUCGCUUGCCGGCGUUCACGACUGAGAGGCCUGGUGUCAAGCACAUAUUUCGGGAGCUGUUGGGGCCAAAUUUCCGGCUUCCUUGCCACGCAACUGUGGCCAAGAUCCAGCAGGAUCUCCUUGAAGAUGUCCGUGCCUCCAUUCGGGUGGAAGUGCAGACAUCCGCUGUUGCAGGCCUGCCUGCAGUGACCGUCAGCUCGGACUUGUGGGAAGCUCCGGACGGGACUCACUUCCAGGCCCAGCUCUUGCAUUAUGUCACUGAUUUCACACGGAAAAAAGCUCUCCUCUAUCUCGAUCGGCUGGGCACGGACAAGACGAGUGCCAACCAAGCACAGCGCAUAUGUGCCAUUUUCCGUGAUCGGGGUCUGGACACGGACUGCAUCUAUGCGUCCCUGUCUGACUGCACGGGCAACGCCCGCAACAUUGCACGCGACUUGAAAGUGCAGAUGGCGCUGUGCAGCGCGCACAUUACGGCUUUGGACCCUCGAAAACAAGUUUUCAUGCAGCCCCGAAGAGAGCGCGGAGUGGAGAGACUUGCCGUUCACGAAACCGCCAAUGAAGAGGUUGUGGCUGCCUUCGAGCGCAUUCGUGCGCGUGCCAAAACCCACCGCUUUUCCGAGCGGCACCGCCGCGACCUGGACUGCUGCCAGAAGUAUGUUGGCCUGGAGCGGCCCCUCCGCGUGCAGAUCGAUUGCUCAUCCAAGUGGAACUCCACCCUCAGCAUGUGCGAGAACGAUUUCCGUCUGCGAGCCGCUUACCUCGAACUUCGCAGCCGGUUUCCAGACCGAAGCGACGUGUCGACCGUGUCGAACAACCUCCAGGAUUACAUCUUGUCGCGAGACUUUGCAGGUGUGCUUCGCCCCUUUGAGUUAUGCACCGAGCUUCUCCAGAAAGGAAAUGCACCCGCUUCCAUCGUGCUGCCGUGCCACGUGGCUCUUGCAGCUCAGUUGGAGGCCGAAAGGGAGCCAGUCUAUGUCUUGGGGGAGAACCGAGGCUUGAUCCAGAUACAAGAGCACCAUCUGCACGACUUGGCUCAGAAGUUGCGGGCGCAGCUUCGAGAUCGGAUAGCCGCCGGCAAUCGACACUUGGAUGCCGUGCGCCCGCUUUUGGGCCGGUGCACGCUCCUGGAUCCUCGAUUUCGUAUGAAGCAUGCUUCCAUGGAGGAAAGGCAAACAGCCAUCGACCAGGUCUUGAAGGAAGCUGCUGUGCAUCUUCGCCGCUCAGCAGGCCCCGAUCAGAUCCCACACGCAGAAGAAGAGACACCGCGCAAAAAGAUGAGAAGAAGCUUCUUGUCUGCGAUGGACGGCAAAGACGACCGUCCUUGGCAUCAUCAUUCCCUCAAGGAGCAGCUGGCUGCUUAUGUGAAUGGGAACAAUGUGUCCAAAGACACUUGCCCGCUUGCCUGGUGGAAGGCUCAUCGCACAGACUUCCCGCUUUUGAUCCCAGUUGUAGUCAGAUACCUGGCCAUACCAGCCAGCACGGCUGACGCAGAGCGAGUCUUCUCACUGGCGUGA